UUUCUCUCUCCCCCUCCCUUUUUUUUCCAAACAUAUUUUCCUUCCCAUUAGAUGCCUCCACUCACCUCUCGUCGUCCGUCCGCCACCUCUUUUCGGACGACGAGCGGAGCCAUCUCCAUCAUCUCCAUCAUCUCCAUCACCAUCGCCACUUUCUCAACAACACACCAACGACGUCCUUCUCUUUGAUUUCCUAUCAAAUGUCACAUCUAAAUACAAGAGAAAAUACGUAAAUUGUAGAUUCUAGCCUCGCUUCUAUUUGAAUUUCCAUUCUAAAAGCUUUGAGCGCGAUUUGAAUUAUCUUACUCUAUCACGACAAUGUCCCAAUCAAUCUUAGCUCCCUUCCAGCUUUUGGAACUCAACGUAAUAUCAGCGCAGGACCUUGCGCCCAUGUCGCGUUCCAUGCGCACAUACGCCGUUGCAUGGGUGCACCCGGAUCGAAAACUCUCAACACGGGUGGACACCUCAGGCCACAACAACCCUACAUGGAACGACAAGUUUGUGUUCCGUGUCGACGAGGACUUCUUGCAUGAAGACACAUCCGCGGUCAUGAUCGAGAUCUACGCCCUUCAUUGGUUCAAGGAUGUUCACGUGGGAACCGUCCGUAUCUUGGUUGGUAACCUUAUUCCAACCCCGGCAAAGCCCCACCACCACCAUCCUCAAGUGGGCAUGCGUUUCGUGGCGCUCCAGGUGCGCCGCCCCUCGGGUCGGCCACAGGGGAUUCUAAACAUCGGCGUGGCGCUGCUUCAUAGCUCUAUGCGGAGCAUGCCCUUGUAUUCCCAACUCAGCGCCUCAGCAGUUGGAUAUAAAACUUUGAUGGGCGAAGACGACGCGCCGCGCAGCACCAAAACCCACCACACCGGAAGCCAAAUGACGACGUAUUCGAAACCCGAGCUGAGGCGCACCAAGAGCGACUCCAGCUCAAUGUUCGGGUCAGAGCUGAGAGAAAAGGAAUUCAGACAUAAGGGUAAAAAGGAAAAAGCAACUUCCGUGGUUAACUCGUCAGAUGUCAGCGCUAGAAAAAGCAAGAAGGGUCGCGGUUCCAAAGCGAGCUCGUUGGUUGGCGGCUCAUCAGAUAUAAUUUACAGGAAUGGCAAAAAGGGAAAAACAAGUUCUGUAGUCAGCGCGUCGGAUGUUAGCUACCGAAAGGGGAAGGCGAGCUCCAUGCUCAGCGCCUCGGAUGUGGGCCCACCAAAGAGUUGGAAAGACAAAAAAGGGAAGCCAAGCUCCGCACUCAGCGCCUCCGAUGUCCGCGCGCAUGACCCACCGAAGAACGAGAGCAAUGGCAACGAGAAACCGGCUAGCUUCGUCCUCAGCGCCUCCGAAGCGGAAGAACCGCCGAGAAAGAUGCCUGCCAGUCACAAGCCCUCCCCGAAAUUCACCCUGGUGGACAAUUUUGGUGCUACCCCCGCGCGGAGGUCGGCUCUGCCAGCUGGCAAGUCGCCAUUCCAGAGGCUGCAGUCGCCCUACAACGCGUAUGCGACGCCAAGAAAGUCGAACCUCAUGGCUGUUCCAUUCCUAACGGAGUCGGAGCUGGGGCCGUCGCCGUCGGAGGUGGCUGCGGCGAUAGCAAAGGAGCGAAUGGACCAGGACAACGAGAGCUCAGUUGUGGUGGGUGCGUGGAACGAGGAUGACAGCGUGGAGGGGUUGCAGUCGAAGCUAGAGCGGUGGCGGACGGAGCUCCCGCCAGUGUAUGAUAGGGGAGAGUUUUCGAGCUUUAAAUCCAGUGAAACGCGCCACACACGGCGACACAGCGAUGGGAGCAAUGGGCUGUUCUCUUGCUUUAGUAACAUAUGUGGAAUCGAGUGCUCCAUCGUAUGCGGGUCGGGCGACCAAGAAAAACCUCAGAGGAAGAACGGGAGUAAGAAUGGCGGGCGGGUCCAUCGGAGUCCAUCGGUAGGAGAUCUAAGCUACGUAUGAUCAACCCGAAUGGAGAUGGGUUAACGGGUUGGAUCUUCGGUGGGAAAUAUUCCGGGAGAUGAGAGUAACAGCUUUGCUGGUGCUAAUUUACGCCGGGGGAGUACUGUUGGGAAAAUAACCACUGAAAUACAUAAGGGUAAUAUGGAGUGCAGGAUAAGAAUGUGCACACUGGGGGGUGAUGUUAGCAAGUUGAGUUGAGCUCGGUUAGAUAAUUCUUCCCACUUCCCUCAUUUUAAUUUUGUUUUUCUCAAAUUUCUGCUGUCUAAUCUAAUCUAAUUUAUUCUU